CUCCUGAUGCAGUUUAUUGUGAUGAUUCUGGACCGUAUUUUUUAUCUCAAACGCAGCAUGCGUGGCAAGCUACUCGUCCAUGUGGUCACGGUCAUUGGCUUGCACAUUUACAUAUUCUUUGUGCUUCCCAUUGACACAAACCGAUCGUUCCCCAACAACGGAGUGUUGGUCUUUAUUUACAUUCUCUACCUCGCGUACUGGAUAUUUUCCUCAAUGCAGCUGCGCACGGGCUAUCCCAACUUUGUGCUCGGCAACUUUCUCACUCGUAGCGUGUCGAUUCCAGCCUACUUGGUGUGGGUUAUCUACCGUGCAGUUCCAUUUAUGCACGAAAUUCGUGUGCUCUUGGACUGGACCUUCACCCCCACCAUAUCUCAGUUUCGUUGGUGGCAGAAAGUCGAUGCCAUUUAUCAUCAGUUGUACAAGAACCGAUACUUCUUGGCAAGGAAGAAGGUCACUGACGUGAAGCGCGGUGGCUAUGCUAAGAAGCAGGCUUUUGGGCCCAAGUUGGGCGGAGGGUUUCUCUUUUCCUUGGGUCUGCUGAUUGUGAUUUGGCUGCCCCUGAUUUUGAUGGCAGCCUUCUCAAGCCAGACGGCCUCUAACCUGCCCGAUGCAGCUUCCAUCACGGUUGCGCUUGGAGAAAACACACCUCCCUUUUACUCG